AUGCCGGAGGAUGCCGUGAAGAUGAUCAAGUCUACCUUCUUUCUAUACUUCAUCAAGAGGGCUACCAACAACCAUGUCAAGUCAGUCAUCUCCGCCGAUGACAUUGUCGGAGCUGAAACGGACAUCGUGCUCGCGAACGCAAUCUACUUCAGUGGCCAAUGGCCCGAGCGCACGUUCCACCCGUGGAACACAAAGCCCGGGCAGUUCUACCGCCUCGACAGCAGCUGCGUCGACACGCCCUUCAUGUGGAGCGACAUACACCAAUACGCCAAGUCCAUGGACAGGUUCAAGGUGCUCAAGAUUCCUUACAAGCAGGGACGGCGCACGGAAUACUUCAUGCGUGUCUUCCUCGUGGACGCGCGCGAUGGCAUUUGCUCCAUGGUGGAUGCGGUCACCGCGCUCCAGGGAGGCCUGGAGCAACGCCAACCCCAAUAA